AUGGAUAGAAAAGAAAAUUUAAUAAUACAAAAUAUAAGAAAUAAAAGUGGGAGUAUAGGAAACGCCAGUUCCCAUAGUAAUAACAACUCUCCAAGAUUAAAUGAGUCAGUUGAAUCUUUUGAUCAAAGUGUUAAAAAGAUUAAAUUAAAUGAUAUAGAAGAAAGCGACCAGUCCGAUUCUGAUGUUAAAACUGCAGUUACAGACUCCUCUUCAUCAUCACCAAUUCAAAGUGAUAAUGAAGAAAUUUUUGAAAAUAAAAAUAAUAAUAAUAAUAAUGAUUCUACAAAUACUUUAAAUAAUAAUACAAAUAAUGAUGAAAACAAUAAUCAUAAUAAAGGUGACAACAAUAAUAACGAAACCUUAGGAAGGGAUGAAAUCGAAUUAUCAAAUUUAUCAAUAGAAAAAGAACAACAUGAAUUAGAGAAAAAAUUAAAAAAAGAAAUGGAUGCAAGAAGAAAAGGCUUACCAUUCUUUAGACAUUUGUUUGAGGUUUGUGCUGAUUACGGCCAAAGUUUAUUGGUUGCUUUGGUUGGUUGCAUUCUUUGUAUUUUAAUUUCUACUGCAUAUGCAGAUCCAUCCUGGAUUCGUCGUAAUAACGGUACCGUAAAUUAUUUUUAUACCGAAGAUUAUACUGUUUUGGUUUCAACUUUCUUUGUUAUUGGUCUAGCUAUUUUUACAUUAAUUCAAUUCCUUUCGGUUUAUGGCAUGAAGAGAAUGGUUGAAACUCAUUUCUAUGCCUGGGUAAUUGGUGCUAUAGCUCUUUUCCUUGUUGUUCCAUGGGGCUUUGAACUUGGUAGUGAAGCUUGGUAUUAUUGGUUAGGUGAUAUUAUUUUAUUAAUCGUUGGCUAUACUGGUUUAUGCUUUGUAAUGGGUUAUGUUGGUAAGAGAUAUCAAACUACAAAAGAAAGAAGAUGGAACGGUUUCAAGUUUUUAACCACCGAAAUUUUAGUAUCUGCCACUGCCCUAGUAUAUGGUAUGUUUUUAAUUCAGCUUUAUACCAAUUUCUCAAACUAUGCAAAGAUGGCUUGGCGUUUAUUAGUACAUCCAGUUUACUUUGAGUGCUUUAUGAUGAUUCCAGUACGUAUGCUUGUAACCAAUCAAUUGGAGAAGAAAGGUGGUUCAUCCAUUAUGUCCACAUUGGCCGUAGUACACGCUCAAGCACAUAUUUCAACCUUGGGUCGUAUGAUGAUUUCUACCAUCAACGAAAUUGAAUUUACCGUUAUCUCUGUUUUGCUUUUAAAUCUCGGUAAAAUGGUUUUUAGAAGCACUGUUCAAUUACGUGAUGAAACUGCAAAUAAGAUAGCUCUCAAAUUAUUUAAUGUUAAAGUUACAGAAAAAGACUCAAAAGGUUUUGUUAGAGCCAUUGGUAUUUAUACAGAAAUGAUUAUGGAAAAUGCUUCAAUUCCAGCUUCAGCUUAUACUAUGUGGGCUUUCUAUAAAGUUAGAGGUAUGUUUUUCUUCCCAUAUCCAGAUUCUGGUGAAUUUACUCUCGCUGAAGCUACUAUCAAUGUUGUCAUCCAAUUAAGUAUCGCUUUUGUUUUCGAUGCCAUCACAUUGUUUAUAAACGAACGUUAUUUUGGUUACCCAUUGGAAAGAGCUUGGAAAAAGAUGAAACAACACUGGCUCCCAUUCUUUGGUUUCUUAUUAUAUGGUUUAAUGACUAUGGGUAUGGUCGGUAUUAUUUGGAUGGCUUGCAAGGUACCAAGAUUUGUUACUUGUUCAUCAUAUGAUGUUUGCUCUUGUAAAUUUGUGGAUAAUUGCCAAGAUUUUAUAGCAACAAAAUUAUCAUAA